AUGCAUACGUGCGCCAUUCUUUUGAAGCCUUUCUUAUUAGCUGCUGUGCGUGCGCCUGUGCGUCUGUGUGUGUGCAGGUCGAUGGAAGUUUGUGGAGAUUUGCACGGUCCCCGUCCGCCGUUCAAUCCUGUGUAUAUCUUGAGACUCGAGCAGUUGCUGCGGCAUCUUCUCAGCAACGGCGAGGAGAGUGGCGGCAGUGCUGCCUCCUCGCGUGCGGCCUUAACGUGGUGGCUGUGUGGGCGUAGAGAAGAUCCUUGCGCCUUUGAGAAAGGGGGAAAACGUUUGCUGCAGCAGUGCUCCACCUUGCUGCAGCAGCACGUUCAUCCUGUUUCCCUCCUGCUGUAUCGCCGUAGGCUGCUGGGGGGCGGCCCCUUCGCGGAGGAUUCUGCAUGCAAGCCUACAGGGGAGGCGUCUGUUCGGGGAAAGGACGAAGCGCUCAGGGAUGGCAGCGUUCUUGCACUCGCUAUUGAAGGGGGUGCCAUGAGGGGCUGUGUAUGCGCAGGAAUGGCUGUGGCCUUGCAUCACAUGGGGUUUAGUGAUGCUUUUGAUGUCAUUUACGGGAGCAGUGCCGGUGCGCUUAUUGGCGCGUUUCUGGUGUCUCGACAGCUCGCCUACGAGGGCAGCUGCGUGUACACCGACUGGCUGCCGUAUCUGGGCAGUCGAUUCCUGAAUCUGCGCCGAAUCGGAAGAGCUUUAGGCCUGGGGUGCCUUCUGGACGGCGAUGUGCUCGACCUCUUUCGCAGCCGGCUAGGCACACCCCUUGUGAAUUUGGAUGCUCUGCUUCUGGAAGUGCUGCAGAAGAAGCAGCCUUUCAAUUUCUCGCAGUUCCAGCGAAACGAUCUCAAACAGCCGCUCAAGGUGAUCGCGUCUGGCCUGCUGAGUCUCAAACCCGUCACACUGGACUCCGCUGGAGGCAGCAUCAAAGACAUGGCGUCUCUCUGCGAGUGUCUACGAGCUUCAAUGCUCUUGCCAGGCCUAACAGGCCCCGUGGUUCAUUUGCCCCUGUGGACGCAUCCCUCCGCAACUCCAGAGAGCAAAGACGAGCCGCACGCUUCCUCUUGGGGGCCUCUAGCGCGAUUUCUGCCAAUCGUCGCAUCCUCUUGCUUACCCCGCUUUUCCGCCGAAGCUCCCAAGGCUCUCGUGACGGAGCCGCUUGCCGACGCUCUUCUCUUCGAGGCCGUCCCCUAUAGGAGUGCCAUUGCCCAAGGCGCCUCCCAUGUGCUGGUCCUACGCAGCCGGCCUGAUAAGGCUCCCGUCACGAGGCUCAAGGGCAUCGAAGCUGCAAUCGAAAUGCGCAUGGCACGUCGCUUCUUCCUGCGCAAACACCACGACCUCCGCCCUGUGUAUGACUUCAUGCGCCGUCGCGGCCAUAGAGAAAUCUACAUGAGGGACAUGUUACGCCUCAAUGCAGCCACCAAUCAAAUCAAUCACCUCAUAUCAGGGGCCUACACCGCCUCCGGCCCCGCAGGAGGCCUCAAGAGGGGCCCCCACGACUCGGAAAGAAGGGCCCACGCAAUGGCUGUAGCGGUGGGAGGGACAGAAAAGGAGGCACAAAAACUGAAAGCUGACCGAGGUGCCAUUAUUCGUGGAGUUCGUUCUGGCUUUGCAGCUCUUUGGGAAGCCUUGCAACCCGAUCCUGCUCUCCGGGAGAAGGGCUUGGAGGAGGCCUUGAAGAUUUUCCCAGAUGACCUCGCCUUCUCGCCAGCCCUCAAAGGUGCUCCCCUCCCCUCCCCCCCACCCUACACCGCUGAGGAGGCCUCUGCCCACUUAACUCCAGAGGAACUAGCAGAGCACCUCCUCCAGGCCGUCGCUGCUGUCCAGCCUCGUUUCGAGUCUAGCAACCUCGAUAGGGGCAGCUCUGCAGGCAGGGCACCCCGUUCAAAGGCCGUAGAAAAGCUGGAGCAGGCUAAGGGCUAUUGGCUCCCAGCCGCCACACCGAACCGGCACACGAAGGCAGCCGUAAGCGGCGAACAUGAGAACGCACUUAAGCGGUUAACAGUUAGAGAAGCACACCACUAG